GAACAGCGAUCUGAUGAGGAAGUUGAAGUUGGACUUGUUUUGGUUAGACACUGAGACCGACUUUUUGUUAACAAUGCGACGGUUAAAUAACAAUUUAGUGGUUAAUAAACAUUAGUAUUUAAUAUUUUUGGCAAUGGGAUCAGUGAAGUUCAACGCUGGCCAAGAAAAUUCAGCGACGGCGGCCGCAGUUGCAGAGACCAAGUUGGUGUGCCUGGGGUUAAACAACCAGAGCUACAUCUGUGAGUCGGGUCACUGCUGUGGAGAGACACAGUGCUGCAGCUACUACUAUGAACUGUGGUGGUUCUGGUUGGUGUGGACUGUGAUCAUUAUCCUGACAUGCUGCUGCGUUUUUCAUCACUGGCGCUCCAAGCAGCGCUUCCAGCAGCAGCGCCGGCAGAAUGAGAUCAACCUGAUUGCAUACAGAGAGGCUCACAACAACUCUCAGCUACCCCUCUAUCUCAGAUUCUUGCCCACAUACCUGCUGCCAGCCUAUGAAGAGGUGGUUGGCCGUCCGGUCACGCCUCCUCCUCCUUACACCCCUCUUCAGUCAGCGCCUCCACCCACAGAGCCACCUGAAGAAUCUCCUGGCCCCCACUCGGCGAUCUCCGCCCCCAGCGAUGCUGAUGCAGCACUCCCUGCUACUCCAGAGCUCACGCAGCAGACCCACACUCACGGCGCUCACAACCCCAACAAGGACUCGACACCGGGCAGGUACCGGCGCUUCACGGGGGAUUCUGGGAUCGAAGUGUGUGACGGCCAGGAACUGUGGGACCGGCACAGCUUUUUAGAAAGAGGAGAUGAGUCAGACGAAGAGGGCGCGGGGCAAACGGAGGAGCCAUGUGAUGGCCGUGGUCCCGAGACCUUUGAACACAGCCAUGUUAGCGGUGCAGUCAUUCACGAAGACCCAGAUGGACACACCGCUGUGGACACAGAGCCACAGUCUCAUCGCUAAUCCAAAAUAUGUCUUUAACAAAACUCUGCAACAUCAUAGCGUUGGCGCUCAGGGGUUUGGGCUCUUUGUACAGGUGUACGUCUGACUAACACCAGCGUGUGUGGCAGGCCUGGAGACAAAUUACAAGUUUGACUAAAUAUUUUUACAAUUUCCCAAGAAAAUGUAAAGCCAUUAUGCAACUUAGGGUCCUAUUUUAACGAUCUAAGCACACAGCGUGAAGCGCCUGGCGCAGGUGCGUUUGACGGCAGGAAAAAACAACACACCUCCCUGUAAGACCAGGGCACUCAGAUGGGCGCGGGUGCAUUUGCUGUUUAAAUGACGCGGGCGCUGGACGGGACACUGACAACUGCGUCGGGCUUUGCGCUGGGCCGGGUGCAAGAUAGGGCCCUUUUUAAAGUGUGUUUUUUUUUUUUUCAACCAAGCUCCGCCCCUUCUCAAUUUCAAGUUUUACAAGUUUGGCCAGUUGCUCAUGUUGAUGAGCUGUCUACCUUUAAAUGUUUCCUGCGAGGAGGCAGCACUGAUACUUGUGGUUUUUUUCAUACAUGUUGUUUCAGCUUUGUUGAAAGGUUCUCGGAGUCACAGAGCCCCAUGUAACUAAAGGGGCUGCUGCUCCGUCCCUGACUGUAGACUGUAGCCCCCCCGACUGGAGACCAUAGCCACCACCAAGAUAUAUCUGUGACGAGCUGUAGUCCGCCUGCCGUCUAGUGGUAGCUAUCUCUUAAACUCUCAGGUUGUAGGAGGUCAUUGAUGAGCAGGACUUUUUAGCAUCCAUGCAAUAAAGUACUUCAAGUUGUCAGGUAUUUAGCCAUAAACAGCCAAUCGUGGCCGGUUAUUGUAUCAGUUUCUGGAUAGAUUUUCACCAAACAUUAUUGUCUUAUGAUACAUAUCAUUAUCAUGAUCUAAAAUGACUAAUGUAUUGCACAGGCGGGUUUUUAUCCAUUCGGUCCACUCCUAAUAGCCGUGGUUCAGAACGAGUUCAGUUGAAGUGGUAAUUUCAACUCCGUGCCACGUUUGCCGUGGUUGCCUUGUCCAAACUAGCACAGGUUCGGCUGAACAGGGUCAAAACUGCAGCCACACAGGAACGCCACACACCAACAUUGUGUAGUUACGCUGUAGAUUGCCUUCUGACCCAGAAGGCAAAGCUCUCGAUCUAUCGGUCAGUUUUCGUUCCUACCCUCACCUAUGGUCAUGAAGGCUGGGUCAUGACCAAAAGAACGAGAUCCAGGGUACAAGCGGCCGAAAUGGGU